GAGCGGUGACCUCCGCGCGGGCCGGCAGCGAUUUGACCGAGUCGGCGCCGUCGUGGCCGUCGUCGGCGCCGACUCAUCCGGUGUGGGCCGGUAGCAGCGGCGGCAGUCGACGGCCGACUUCACUGAUCGAUACCGGCACACUGUUGCUGCGAGCCAGGCCGAGCAGUAGCGCGGGCCCGCGCGAGCCGAGCACACGACGGGACCGAUCGGCUGGAUCCGAGAGCGGCUGGCGGCGGCGCCGGCCCAGCAGUACACAGCAGCCACGGCCAUGGAGGAGGUACGACUGUUGGCCGCCAGGUACCGGCCCGAGGAGCUCAACAAGCUGGCCAGGAGCUCUCGCUUCACGCGAAAGGAAAUCCAGCUCAUGUAUCGCGGCUUCAAACAGGAGUGUCCUUCGGGAUUGGUGGACGAGGCUGCCUUCAAGCUCAUCUUUGCGCAAUACUUUCCACAGGGAGAUGCCAACCAGUACGCUCACUAUGUUUUCAACACUUUGAAGCCAAAUCAAUGCGGCCAAAUCAACUUUGAGGAUUUUCUUCACGCGCUGUCGCGGGUGUCGCGCGGCACCACCGAUGAGAAGGUGCGCUGGGUGUUUGACCUGUACGACCUGGACGGUGACGGACUCAUCACCAAGCACGAGAUGCAGCUGGUGGUGACGGCCAUCUACGACAUGCUCGGUCGGCACGUGCACCCGCACCUGGACGAGCACGCCGCCAGGAACCACGUGGACACCAUAUUCCACCAAAUCGACGUCAACAAGGACGGCAUGCUGACGCUGGAGGAGCUGCGCCAGUGGUGCGCGCGCGACCCAGACUUCCUGCGCUCGCUCAACAUGCUCGACACGGUUUUAUGACUGGAGCAGUGGCCGGCCGGCGCGGCGCCGACCGGUCACCAGGCUCCCCUGCAGGCGGACCACCAGGCUUCCCUGCAGGCGGGUCAUCAGCCGUCCCUGCAAACGGGCUACCAGAAGGGCUACCAACCGAGCCACCAGUCUCCCCUGCAGACGGGCCAUCAGAUAGGCUACCAGACGGACCAUCAGUCGGGCCACCCUCCGCCCCUGCAGACACAUCAGCCGGGCCACCAGGCACCCUUGCAGACCGACCACCAACCUGGCUACCACCCGGGCUACCAGGGUCACCAGCCAGACUACCACCUGGGCUACCAGGGUCACCAGCCGGGCUACCAGCCACCGCUGCCGGCCCGUCACCAGUCGCCCGUACUGACGGACUAUCCGCCGCCGCCCGCCCGUCACCAGUCGCCCGUACUGACGGACUAUCCGCCGCCGCCGCCAACCGUAAGAGGAGACCCGGGCUCGGCUGCGCGCCAACCAGCGCAUCGGCCCAGUAGAGAGACAGAGGUGUAGCCCCGUGCGCCGUUAUCUCCUAUUCGGGAGAGUUUGUGCGUAUUGUACAGAGAAAGAACAGUCGACCUGAGGGGAUUGUGUGAGGUGACAUUGACAUUGCUGUCGGGGUAUAAAUGAUGCCGUUAUAGAUGACGACGCUAUAUGAUUGCCAAAGUGUUACGCUACUCGUAACUAAAUUAUGGAGUGAAUAGCAUAUAUAUGUACCUACAUUGUACAUACAUUAUGCAUGUACAUACAAUAGAGUGAUAUAAAUUAUAACACAACUUAUUGGAAUGAUAGGCCAAGCGUCCCUCGGAGGCGUUCAGCAGAGGUCACCCUUACCCUUCCAAUGUCUGCCUAGUUGAUAAAGAACGGCCAUAAAACCAAUUUCGAAAACGUGGCUUCCUCAAUGUCGAUCGGGUCAUGCCGUGGCUUGGCUUUAAGAACAUGCGGUAUUACGUUGAACUUCAACAUCGAAGUUCAAGGCAACAUGUUUUAGGUUUAGCACGAUUUGUUGUUUGUAAGUUGUGGAUUUUGAAAAAAAAAAUUUAUGUGUAAACAUUUGAUUAACAUAAUGUUACAUAAGUCACACAAAUAUUUUCCAUCCUAAAGCAAGAAAUCGAGUAUUGCCUGGUCAUUUUCUAACUAGAUAAUAAAAGUUGUUUGCUUGUGCAUCCAAAAUGCUGUUGUCAAUGUCAUGAAUCUUAUUCUUAGCAUUUCG